UCGCCGGGCGAUAGCGUUCCAGCGGCAUUUUUCACCGACAGAUAGCAGUACGGGCGUCCUUCACCAGGCGUCAGUCACAGCGGCAGAUUGUCGCCGCUUAUCUCGUCCCGCUGAAGCGAUCGCUUGCCAUGCCGUCCGCUUUCUCGAACCAGCGAAAGGAACUGAGGAUUUAACCUGUCACGAUGAAGGAACCUCAGCGCGAGCACCUGUACAAGAUCCUUGUCAUUGGUGAGCUGGGCACCGGCAAGACCAGCAUCAUCAAGCGCUACGUGCACCAGUUCUUUUCACAUCACUACAGGGCUACCAUCGGCGUCGACUUCGCUCUCAAGGUUGUAGAAUGGGAUGAAAAUACCCUCAUUCGUCUUCAGUUAUGGGAUAUAGCAGGCCAGGAGCGCUUCGGCAACAUGACGCGCGUCUACUACAAGGAGGCCGUCGGCGCCUUCAUCGUGUUCGACGUGACGCGGUCGCAGACGUUCGAGGCGGUGCGGAAGUGGAAGGCUGACCUGGACAGCAAAGUGCAACUGCCCGAAGGCAGCGCCGUACCCUGCGUACUUCUCGCAAACAAGUGCGACAUGUCCAAAGAAGGCAUGGUGAACAACCCCGCCGCCAUGAAUGAAUUCUGCAGGGAGAACAACUUUGGCGGAUGGUUUCUCACGUCGGCCAAGGAAAACCUCAACAUUGAGGAGGCAGCCAGGUUCCUAAUAACACAGAUACUCCACAACCAAAAGGCGCUAAACUUGGAUGAAUCCGGGCAAGCAUCAGUCCCAUUGUCAGGGUCCACUCCAAUGGGGCAGUCUGUGCCACGAAGAACAUGCUGCUGACUUUAUAUGUCUAUAGUCUUAAUGAGCUUUUACAGCUAGAUGGAAGUGUUGUUUAUAUUGAGCAAAGAAGGUGCAUGCCCCUUUCCAAUGGCCUUUUCUGCUCGCUUGUACAGGUAUGGCCAACACAAUGCUAGUUUUAAGUUCAUUGAAUGUCACUUCUACACUCAAACUUUUUCAGCUUCCUGAUGUGACAUGCUCAGUGGACUCAAAUGUCAGUGUGCCAAGUAUUGCCGAAAAUCUACAAUGCUCACAGUACCCUUUUAAAGCUAGUGCUUUUUAUUUAGCCCGGUAUAUGUCAAUAAUGCUUAUCACAGAUUUUUUGUAUGCUCUGGACAUACCUUUUAGGAGUGAAGAGCACGUUGUAUUAAGUAGCUGUUACUCAUGUAUAAAACAAAGCAGCGCUGUGACACUCAACUAGCACAUAUCCAUCACUUUCUUGUGUUUGUAGUUCAAUCAAGACAAAAAAAAAACAUAAAAUGCUCAAUUUUUAAGCAGCGUUGACAUGAUACUCAUGCAGUUAGGUCACAGCAAAAGGUUUCUCCCAUCUGCUGAAUGUUUAUUAAUAGGCUGGUGCGAAUUUGUAUUUGAUUUGAGAAAAUCACUGCAAAAAGCACAUUUACAAGCGUACUUCUUAAUCAACAGCUGUCUUAAGUUCAGUACAACAAAACUGCAUGAUUGUUUAGUUUCUACAGUUCGAAUUUGCUUCUUGCAAUGCAAAAUUUUUAUGUGAAUGAUACUGUAAUGAAAAAGCCCAUGACAGAAUGAAAAGUAAAACCUGAAUUUUAAAAGUCUGAAAUUUGAGCACCCUCUGUAUGCUCACUGCUGUGGAUAAAUUAAAAUAGAUUAUUUCACAAGUGAAAUCACUACACCUGCAUUUGACAUACAUGUUAAGCCAUAUGUGCGAUUAAUAAAGAUCUUGUUCAAGUGAAAA